AUGUUCGAAAAGCAGCCUGGUCAGGCGCCUCGCUCAGUCAUGACCGGCCCCAGGCCAGUGUCUCCCACAGCGGUAAGAGAGAAGCUGUGCAAAGGCUUCGGGCACAAGCAGCGGCAUCGCUCAGAUGGAUCAGCGCGCCGACUUCUGAUCUCUGGACCCAGCGACUUUCGACACAUUCAGUCAGGAUCCUUUCAAGUUCCCUCGACUUGUACCGCGGCUCAGCUUCGACCUAAUCCUCCACUACGACGAUCGUUUCGGCCUCUGGAGCUGAGUUUCUACAGACCGGACAACUCCAUGUCACCCAUCCUGCCACAUUUUGAGUUUACAUCUCUUGCGGCGCCUGAACCUGCACAGCUGCACGAGAGGUUGGAUGAUGAGUACGAGCUGGUCAGACAAGGGAGCAAUUCUUCGACCCCGUUCCACCUGCCCAGGAAGCAGGUCGGUGGCAAAAGCUCCUCGAUAGCUUCAGAGCAGGGAGUGCCGGCCAUCCCUGCUAAAUCCAAGGAACGCGCGAGGGCACAUACGUCGCCUGAUAUUGAGAUUAUCAAAGCGCGUGUGGCAGGAGCCCUCAACGAGAUGGAGGCCCUGCAAAAGCAGAUUGACGAUGUCAUUGAGAGGCAGAGCCUCCACAUAAGCAGUCGGCCCUCUACAGCUCACAAUGCCGAGCCGAUGCCAGCAGUUCCAGCCCUGCCCCCCUUCGCCCCUUCGUUCGCUGCGCGCCUGAACGACAUUGAUAGGCCUUCGACUGCACCACUGCGGACAGAGUCGCAGAUCAUCAACCGAUCUCAGGAGUUUGGGGACAUGACGGCUGCCAGCACACCAACACGCCCGCAGCCCGACGAUCACCCUCUCCCACCCCCCUUGCCACUAGUCCUUCGGCCACCUCUGCGGAAGAAGAAGUCAUUCUCUCGCGUGUCCACAUGGUUGUUUCCCAGCGUGCAUCAUAAGCGCGAUGUCAGUCUGGACUCCAUCACCAACCAGCCCCGGCCCAUCAAGGGCACAGAGGGUUUCUAUCAGUGCGUCGCCUCACGGGGCGGCGGCGGCGGCGGCGGUCGUGACUCGUUCGACAGUGUCGGAACAGUCACGACGUGGGACUCAGACGAGGAGCAAAGGACGGUGCCGACCACUUGGUCCCCAGGAAGCACGCCGGUGACAAAGAUGGACGGCGGACCACUGGAGAGGUCAACUACCUUUGGAAAAUCUGGAAGCAUCGCGCGGGUUUGA